AAGUGUCCGGACUGGAAGGGGGUGAAAGUGUCUGGACUGGAAGGGGGGGAAAGUGUCCAGACUAGAAGGGGGGGAAAGUGUCCGGACUGGAAGGGGGUGAAAGUGUCCAGACUGGAAGGGGGGAAAGUGUCCGGACUGGAGGGGGUGAAAGUGUCCGGACUGGAAGGG